CGCGCUCGAAUAAUUCACCAUCCACCUCUGACGUCCGGUUACCGUUAACCAUGUUCUGUGCACUUUCUGGUGAAACUCCUGAGGAGCCGGUGGCUUCGAAGAAGUCCGGCCACUUGUUCGAAAAGAGGCUGAUUCUGAAGUACAUUGCCGAUAAUGGGCGCGAUCCCGUCAAUGGCGAAGAACUUGGUGCGGAUGACUUACUUCCUCUCAACCUCACAAACAAGGUUGUCAAACCUCGUCCACCGACCGCCAGCUCCAUUCCGAACCUUCUUCUCUCUCUGCAAAACGAAUGGGACUCUGUCAUGCUGGAGACCUUCCAACUCAAGCAACAGUAUCAUAAUGCCCGUCAGGAACUUUCAAAUGCGUUAUACGAAAAUGAUGCUGCAAAACGUGUGAUUGCUCGCUUGAUUAAAGAACGGGACGAGGCAAGGGCCGCGCUGGCGGCUGUUCAGGCCAACUUUGGCCAAACGUCGGCCGCGCCCGAGGAUCGAAUGGAAGUGGACGAGCACCACGGUGCUGAUGAUGUCCUGAUCAAAGAUGUUCACGCAAAAUUGGAUGCAAAGGCGGCAGCGCUGUCGAAAGUUCGUCGGAAGCGCAAACCAGCGUCAUCCUGUGCGUCCGUAGACGAGGUGCGCGGAUUCACGAAGAUUACGGAAGUAGAAAUAAAAGCUCCACUUAGCUUAGAUCUAUAUUCUGGAAAGCUUGCUGGCGAGACACGCGAGUGGGCCCUUGCAGGUCUACAAAGUGGUCAAGCACACAUAGUGGACUGGCGCAACGGAAACCACCUUAUUGCCAAGACGCCUGCACAUAAGAAGAAGAUCAAUGAUACAAUUUGGCACAGCCAUGGAGACAACGUUCGCUCUGGUCACUUCUUCACAGCAAGUGCGGAUAAGACAGUCAAAUUCUUCGGUGUGGAACAGGGGGGAAACGAUUCAUUCCAUAUUGAUGAGAAGUAUACCAGCAAGACCCACUCAGCCGAAGUCAACGCUCUGACGUUGCAUACAACUGGAGAUUACAUCGUGUCUGCGUCUGCCGACGGUACAUGGGCAUUCCUUGAUGUUGAUACUGGACGAUCUCUGUUCCGUGUGGCACAAUCUGAAGGAGGACAAGCUUACACCGCGGCGCAGUUCCACCCUGAUGGCCUCAUCCUUGCAACUGGUACGAAUGACUCACUUGUCCGACUUUGGGAUGUCAAGUCCCAGAAUAAUGUGCGCUCUUUUGAGGGCCACAAGGGCAAGAUCACCGGGAUCUCUUUCUCAGAGAAUGGGUACUAUCUGGCAACCUCAGCGGCCGACGAAGCUGUUGUCAAGUUCUGGGAUUUGCGAAAACUGGUAAACUUCCAGACCAUUGAAAUUGAAGCUCCGAAAGGCACAGGAGUACAAAGCGUCCAGUUCGACUUCAGUGGACAAUACAUUGGUGCAGCAUGUGGCCAGGAAUUGAGAAUCUACCUGGUGAAACAGUGGGACGAAUUGUGCAAUCUGUCCUACCACACUGCAAACAUUUCGGAUUUCAAGUUUGGGACAGACGCUCGAUAUGUUCUUAGCGCGGGAAUGGAUGGGAAAAUCGUUGCUGCAGGCAUCAGUAGCUGAAAGCGCGACCGUAGUUGUGGGUGGAACGAGGUUUCUGUAUUUACGUCUGGCGGGUUUGCCUUUGUUACAUAAUUGAAGAAGGGCGGUAUGCCGUUCCCACUGUUUACGUCUGUUAUCGUCAUUUACGGUCAGGCCAGCUAUCUCCCAACGGUGAGAUGUGAAACACGGAUGUUACAAG